AUGGCUUGCGACAUCAGCGCUCGCAUCAUCGAAGCCAUUAUUAGCGAUAUUUUCUUUUGCGACGACUAUAGUGAAGACGGUGUGGUCAACACGACCGCCAAAUUGACUAACCAGGAGACCAACCCUUUAAGGUUGUUCAACAAGAAGGAGGACGAUUCUGAUUGGUGUCAGGUCACCAUCAAGAACGUCACGCGGUUCAUUUAA